AUGCACGAAAGAGAUAAAGCGAAACCGAAGGAUGACAGCAACGAAUCUGCAGACUGCUCGCGGCUGCGGAUGGCACUGCGCUCAAAGGAAGGAUACAAAGAGGAAGAAGCUGACACUGCAGGCGAACAAACGAAUUUCCUACGAACUGAAACUAGUUCCUGCUUUUUGAGGUAUGUACGUCAGGCACUAGAUGCCGCCUAUGCGGAUCUGCGAACGGAAAGAGAGGAAAAGGCCUUUCUGCUUCGGCUUGUUUAUCCCCAUCAUCUUGAGGAUAACAUGAAGGCAACAGACAAAACGCAUGCGCAAUCGCCCAGAGAAGAACCACUUCUGGAGGAACCCCUCAAGAAUUUUUCAGAGAUAGAUCCAAAGGAAGACGCCACGGAACAGGUGACGGAUCAGCUCUGCUCGACUCAAGCAAUUGAAGGCACUAAGACGGAAAGCGAUGAAUUGUGUUCAAUUGACGAAUGCAAGUCUACUACUCCUCCUUGCAUAUUUGUCUGCCUAUCCGUUGAUGCUGGCUGUUGA